AUGGCUGCCUGUGGAAGCCUGCAACACAUCUUCGAAACCCCAUUACCGGAGAAUCCAACCCUUCUCGACACACUCUCGUCAUGGAGCCAGAUUAUAGCUGUGACGCCAUCCGAGCAGCAAUCGUCGUUUACAGAGAUUUUUGGAGAGCUUCAUUUCAAGGAGAGUUUUGUUCCUCCUUUGUCACCUCAGUUGUCUUUGACAGAAUCGAACUCUCCGUCUCCUGCUGCUGCCGCCGUUGAUAUCGAACCGUCGUCAAAUGGUGAAUCUUCCAGUUCCCAUGGGAGAAGUAAUAGCUUCUCAUCGACCAAUUCAGAAAGCCUGCAACUCUGCACAGAAGGGCUUGGGUAUGAAAGCUUAGAUGAUGGUGAGGAUUUGAAAGGGGGGAUGGAUGAAGAGGAAUGGCAGAGGGAGGAAGAAGAGGAAGAGACCUUAAAGAAACAGAUUGAGAAUCCUAUUUGGAAGCCUGGGAUGAUUAAGAGGACAAAAUCUGCUAAUGUUGAUGAUUUUCCUCCUCCAAUUUCUUGUAUGGGGAACAGUGGGAAGCCUUGGGUUGGAUUCAAAUCCUAUAGAUAUGGUGGAAGGUUUAUAUUGAAGGAAAUAAGAGUCCCUACCCAUGAAUUUCUACAUGCUUCCCGCGAAAAUGGACGCCUGAAACUGCAUAUUCUCGUUCCUAAUAAGCAAACCAGAGAGGCCAAGGAAGAAGACGAUGACAAACAACAAGAACAACAGCAAGAACACGACAAACAACAAGAACAACAACAAGAACAACACGAGGAAUAA